UGGCUGCGCACGCAGUUCACGGAUGCCGCUGUAGCCAUGGCAACGCGCCGUGCGCGCGGGCUCUCCUCCACAGUCGGUGUCGUCGGGGAGAAGUCGUCAGUCCGCGUUGUCGCGUCUCCGCCUUUAGACCCUCAGUCUCCACCCGGUGCACUGAGCCGUUUCGGCGCAAUGGACGAAGCGGAGGACGGCGACGAAGACCGCGGACGCGAGCGACGUUCGAGGGCCGAGAGCGCAGGCUUGACCGACCAUUCCACGACCAGGAGCUCGACGACAGGAGGUGGAGUAGCGCAGACCCAGACCUCCACCAGCAGCGCCGGCGGUUCAAACGAGCUUCGUGCGCCGCGCGACUCGGACCGCGUGCCCGUCUCUCUGUGCCAGGGCGACGCGUGCGGGUUCGGCUUCGGCUUCAGCUUCGCGAGCAACGACGAUGACACGAGAACCUCAGCCACCAGUGCUGAUGCGGAGCAAGAAGACGGAGUCGAGGAGGAAGUGGAGGAAGAGGAGGAGGUGGUGGUGGAGGAGGAGGAGGACGACGUCGGCAUGAGACGCGCCGCGAACGGAGACUGCAGGAGAGACACGAGCUCGCCUUCACUCAUCUCCAAGCAGGAGAAGCAGACAGGUGGCUCGAUCACACCUGACGAGAGAAGAGCUCCCAGCGCGUUCCCUUUCGCCACCAUGGACGGUUCUAUUACGCCCACCGGCACCGGGGCCGCCGAACCGGACAAGAAGGACCCUCGAGUGGCGUUUUCGAGCUCGAGCACCGCGCAGCUCUCCAAGGCCGAGGAUGGACAGAUGAGCGCGGAGGACGGAGAGGCCAGGGACAGUCAGACCUACAUGCAACGGCAGUUCAGCUCCAUGCUCCAGCCCGGGGUCAACAAAUUCUCCCUGCGCAUGUUCGGCAGCCAGAAAGCGGUGGAGAAAGAGCAGGAGAGGGUCAAAUCUGCCGGGAACUGGAUCAUCCAUCCGUACAGUGACUUCAGGUUCUACUGGGACUUCACGAUGCUGAUGUUUAUGGUGGGCAACCUGAUCAUCAUUCCGGUCGGUAUCACCUUCUUCAAGGAGGAGACCACCACCCCCUGGAUUAUCUUCAAUGUAGUCUCGGACACUUUCUUCCUCAUGGACCUGGUGCUCAACUUCCGCACGGGCAUCGUCUUCGAGGACAACACGGAGAUCAUUUUGGACCCCAAAAAGAUCAAGCAAAAGUAUUUGCGGACUUGGUUUGUAGUAGACUUCAUCUCAUCCAUCCCUGUGGAUUAUAUUUUUCUUAUUGUGGAGAAAGGCAUCGACUCGGAGGUUUACAAGACGGCGAGGGCGCUGAGGAUCGUGCGCUUCACUAAAAUCCUUAGUCUGUUGCGGCUUCUGAGACUUUCCAGACUUAUCCGUUACAUCCACCAGUGGGAGGAGAUCUUUCACAUGACCUAUGACCUUGCGAGCGCUGUCAUGAGAAUCAUUAACCUGAUCGGGAUGAUGCUGCUGCUGUGUCACUGGGACGGCUGCCUUCAGUUCCUGGUGCCCAUGCUGCAAGACUUUCCCUCUGACUGCUGGGUUUCCCUCAACAAGAUGGUGAACGACUCCUGGAGCGAGCUGUACUCCUUCGCCCUGUUCAAGGCCAUGAGCCAUAUGCUGUGUAUCGGGUAUGGACGCCAGGCCCCGGAGAGCAUGUCUGAUAUCUGGCUCACCAUGUUGAGCAUGAUCGUGGGAGCCACCUGUUACGCCAUGUUCAUCGGCCACGCCACCGCACUCAUCCAGUCGCUGGACUCGUCACGCCGCCAAUACCAAGAAAAGUACAAACAAGUGGAGCAGUACAUGUCCUUCCACAAACUUCCAGCUGAUUUCCGACAGAAGAUCCACGAUUACUACGAGCACAGGUACCAAGGCAAGAUGUUUGAUGAGGAGAGUAUUUUAGAGGAGUUAAAUGAGCCACUGAGGGAGGAAAUCGUCAACUUUAACUGCCGCAAGCUGGUGGCCUCCAUGCCGCUGUUCGCAAACGCAGAUCCCAACUUUGUGACCGCUAUGCUGACCAAACUCAGAUUUGAGGUCUUCCAGCCAGGGGAUUACAUCAUACGUGAAGGGACUAUCGGCAAGAAGAUGUACUUCAUCCAGCAUGGGGUUGUGAGCAUCCUCACCAAAGGCAACAUCGGCAUGAAGCUUUCUGAUGGAUCUUACUUUGGAGAGAUUUGCCUGCUGACUCGGGGGAGACGUACGGCCAGCGUUCGAGCCGACACCUACUGCCGCCUGUACUCACUGUCUGUGGACAACUUUAAUGAAGUUCUGGAGGAAUAUCCAAUGAUGAGGAGAGCCUUCGAGACCGUAGCCAUUGACAGACUGGAUCGGAUCGGCAAAAAGAACUCCAUUCUGAUGCAUAAAGUGCAACAUGACCUAAAUUCUGGAGUGUUUAACAACCGUGAGAAUGAGCUAAUUCAGGAGAUUGUGAAGUACGACCGGGAGAUGGUGAAACUUGUGGACCUGCAAAGACCCAGGGCCAUGUCAGCCACUCAGUCCACCUACGGGACCAUGUUUCCUUCCUCCAGUCAGCCUCCAACAGGCUCUGCCAUUGCCACCCUGCAGCAAGCUGUAGCUAUGAGUUUCUGUCCGCAGAUGGUCAACCCUCUGGCAGCACACGGCGCUCUUCAGUCCCCCCGCAUGGUACGCCGUUUCCAAGUGGUCCAAAACAUCGCCAGCCCCGGGGUCCAGCAGACCCCCACAGGCUCACAAUUCUCCAGCACUGCUUUGCCCUCUGCCCUCAUUAGCACGCCUGUCCAGAGCCCGUUGGUUACCAGCGCUCGAACAUUCCAGCACAGCUCUAGUCCCAUGGGGGCUCCUUCAGGAUCUCAGCUCUCCCUGGUGCAGCAGCACAUUUCCAGCCCUACACACAGAGCAACGGUUUCAAGGAAUGCAAUGACCCAGGAUGCCAGAGCUCUCUCAGCCUCCCAACCGUCUUUGCCCCAUGAUGCCGUACAACAAGCUGCCCCAAGCCCACCUCAGUCCACAAGAGUUUCCUCCACGUCUAUUGGACCACCUCACAACCUCCCCGGGCCCAUGGGCUUUAGAGCUGCCAUUUCCCCCAGGAUGACGCUUCAGCACCAGAUGUCUGUAGGAGCAUUUUCACCUGCCUCUCUGCCACAGAUGAGGCCAAGCCAGGACUCGGGGCUUCCCAAGAAAGAUUCAGUAGUCAGCCUUCCAGACACGGACCAUCCUGUUAGGUCCAGAUUAUCUUCCAAUUUGUGACCUUGAUGGAUCUGGGUGUGUAGGUGCCUCUUGCUUGUCAUGCCAUGGAUCUUACUUUUAGAAUGUACCUGGUUCAAAACUGUGACAAGGGCAGAGGGUGAACAGAACUGCCAGACUUGACAGCAUAUUAUUAACCAUACAAAGUCUGUAAAACUAAAGAUUUAACGAUCACAAAGAUGUUUCUGUUGUAUCCACCAACAUAAAUAUCAAUGUAGCUCCUACCUACACAGUUUGCCUCUUCAGAAUUGCUUAUUUUUAUUGUGGUUUUAUUGGAACAUCGCAAAAAUCAGUUCCCUACUGUACAUGUUAGUUCAGUAACACAGUGUAGACUGGAAUGCAACAUUGGGGCAAAGCGACACGUCUCUGAUGACUAUGUAACUCUUUACAAGUGGUUCUUUUUUUGCAAGUUUCCUCCACCCUACUCCACGUGGUUAGUCAGUAGUGUUUAUACCUAUGACCGAGCAAUAUUAAACCUGUGAUAGAAAAUGCAAUGGUUUAUUACACCAGAAGUGGCUAAAGGGGUGACAGAUGAUCACACUGGAAGGAUUUGGUACAGAAAUGGAUUUGAAGAACUCUGGACCAAAGAUUCGGCAGAAAAAAUGUGUUUAAAAUGCAAAUGAAACAAAUCCACUGCCUUGAUUUUCACUGCAAAACCAUAUUUUGUCCAGGCCUGUGUGUUUGUGUGCGUCUCAAAUAUUCAGUUAUUUAUUCAUAAUUGCAGCCCAUAGCAAAUUUCCACAUUAAUUUCUGAUCAACUGCAAAGAAAAAAAAAAUCAUGGAUGGAUUUACAGUGGAAACAGAAAAAGCAGGUGGAGAGAAACCCUGCAAAUGGAUAUCCAAUAAUACCGUAUACAAUCUUUCCCCAAUAUCGAUUGCUUCCGCAGUGCCGCAUCUAAACCAGUUUCCAAAUGUAACCUCACGUGGAUGUCAAAGGGGAAUUAUUCAUCUACUCGGGAAAGCUUCGAUAUUUCCCAUACCAGCGCAAAAAGGAUGUAGCAGCAUACAUUGUGCACAGAGUCUCUCUCGAAUAGGCUGCUAUUUAGCAUGCAUUAUGCAAUGAGUGUUUCUGAGCUCACGUGUGACCCAGAGUUUCUCUCCGUCCCUGUAAUUGAUCGAUUUGAAAUAUUCCUCUGUCUGGCUGUGAUCUCCUCUGUUCUCACGCUUUAGUAAUGCUGUCGUGUGCCGGCUUGCUGUUUGCAGCGUCGUCUUGUUCAUGACUUUUGAAAGCAGCAAAUGGCUAAAAGUCGUUUCAAAGUUUUUUUUUUUUAUCUCGAUUGUAAUAUUCUGCUCCUGUAAGACAAAUCUGUUUUAAACACCUCCCCUUUUUGCCCCGUGUGUAUGAAAGUGUAAAACGAACCUGCAGCCUGAUAAAGAUGGAACCCCAAACCAGCCCAAAACCCCCACAAGAGAAGGUUUCUUCCUUCUACAGGUAUUCGACAAUCUCCCUCUUCUUGUACACUGUUUGCCAAAUUUAAACAAAUCUUAAAAGCAAUAAAAAGAAAACAUUUAUUUCCACAUUUUGACCGAGAGAAGCGACUGAUUCGCUGUGUAAUCACCGUCAUAAAGAAAAAAACAAACAUGCCACAGGUUUUGCUAUGCAUUCAGGCUGGGAAUGGUGACGUUCGUUCUGUGGUUCAUUUUCAUCUUUCAAUAAAGAGCGGAAGAGUUUUGGUUUGACCUUCAUGUGUCCUUCUCUUUUUUUGGUUAUUGGUUUCGCUCUGCAACAGCAAAUAAAUCAUUUUAGUCGUACAGAAAAGCAAAUGAAGCUUUUUUUGUUUAGUCUCGACUCAGUAAGAGUGCCAUUUAAGGAAAAGGGGGCGUGGCUUUCAGGAAGACAGAAAACAAGAGAUUACUGAUGUUAGAAAGGGAAAAGGGGCGGAGCUUUCAUAUGACAAAAUGAGAGAUUACUAAUGUUAGAAAAGCAAAGUUUAUAGGAUGUCAGUAGGUGAGAGAUUAAUGUUAAAAAGGGAAAGGGGCGGAGCUUAUAGGAUGUCAGUAGGCGAGAGAUUAAUGUUAAAAAGGGAAAGGGGCGGAGCUUAUAGGAUGUCAGUAGGCGAGAGAUUAAUGUUAGAAAGGGAAAGGGGUGGAGCUUGCAAGAAAAGAAAUGAGAGCUCUGUUACAAAAAGGGGGCGGAGCUUUCAGAAGACACGAUGAGAUCACUAACAUGACAUAGAAAGAGGGGCGGAG